AUGACAAGAUUCUCCAUCAACCAAAGCGUCCGGACAGGCUUAACAUGUAUGACACUCUGGGGCAUCUUCAUCAACACCGGCGUCUACUGCACGCCUAUGGGUGACCUCAGUACCCGAGACGCUCCGAAACCACCCAAAGGCAACGCCCAGACCCCCGAUAUCUGCGCACUCGACAAAAACAACCCAGUUGAUGUCUGGUCUAAAAGCGGUGCGGGCACGUAUCUCGACAACAUCAUUGCCAUGCGGGGGAGCGGCAAGAUGGGCUCCUUGAAGGGUCUCGAUCAAGCCAUCGAUAGAGCGCAGUCGGGGUCUGGUCAGUCGACUAUGAAUUGCGCCGAGAUUACAGAUGAUAGUCAUUGUCCUGCGCCUGGGAAGUGCGAGGAUGCUUGGAAUCCGAGUGCGUGGUGGGUCCAGCUUGCCUUCUCGAACAUGCACCAGUGGCUGGGUCAGAUGCUGGAGGUGUUCGAACAGUCUGUCUUGAUGGAGGCGCUUGAUGUUGAUUCAAUUGUUGAUGAUGUCGUUUACUCUUUCCGAGAUGAUCGGCUUAAAGAAGGGACUAUUCUUGGCAUGGUGGGGUCAUCUCUUGGGAUCGCCGCUGGUGUAGGGGGAGCGGUGCCAGGCAUCGGUCCUACCCUCGUGGCUGGAUUUGGGACCAUCUCUGGAGUAUUCAGUAUCGCCAAUAACAAUGACGCGGCAGAUUCGGCGGAAACAGAUGAUAUAAUCAAAGAUACCAAAAAGGCAUUGGAGCAACGACUAAGAAGCGCUCUGGAAGAGACAUCUGAAAAACUGAAGACUUUCGCCGCAUGGAUGUGGAAGAAUGGCGAUGACUGGACCGAUGAGGCUACGAUCCCUUUGACUCUCGGCCCCAACGAUAAGAAUCUGUACCUACCCUCGCGGUUCUUCGAUAACGGCGUUUUCGUCAAUGGAGGAAAUUUCGAUUUCAAGUCGAUACAGAAGGAAACCACAUUGAACCUGGAUGACAAGUUAUGGACCGACAAAUGCAACUUGGACGAACUGGAUCGGCUCGUCGACGGCCGCUGUUUCAAGAUCAUGUACGUUGACAACCCCACCAAAGACGUUGAGCUGCCGUCGAGCCUGAAGGACGGAAUGGCCCUGUUCAAGAAAUAUGAUAUCGAUAUUGAGCAUGUCUAUCGAAAUGUAAGGGACUGCAGCGUAGAUCAUCCUAACGGCGACGGUGUCCCUGCACUUAACGAUAUCUCGGGAUUGCCGCCAGGAAGGGGUUAUCCGAAGUGCUUCUUCAGCAUUCCGAUAUGUGAAGAGAGGGCCGAUUUGAAAUUCAGACAGUGUCAUCGACUUUCCGUUCCAAGUCUUGCAAGUCUCUUCAACUCUACCGACAUCUUCAUCGCUGCAUUGUACUCGACCGGGAAACAGCUACUAUUCAAUGGUACACGAUGUCAGCAAGAAGACACUGACAAAGCCUCUGACGAUGGACUGUGGGCCGUAAUCAUGUCGAACAAUACAGCUGCAGGCAACCCUGUCAACGACUUCUUGAAAGGGAACGCAGGGGCAGCGCAGAAUACGCAAGGCAUUCAAGUCAAAGCAUUCGUGCUCAAUCUCGGCAUUGCGCUAGCGACUUUUGCUGUCCAGCUUUCAGGAUUCUUCUUGCUGAAGAGUUCGGCCAUCGGGCGCAGGAUCUAUCAGCCCAAGACAUACCUUGUACAACAUAGAUUGCGAGUUGAAUCAGUACCUGGGAAUCCUCUGAAAUGGCUGCGUCGCAUCUGGAGCCUGGAAGACGAAGAACUUGCCGCUAAGUGCGGGCUCGAUGGUUACUUUUUCAUCCGACUGCUUCGUGCACUACUCAUCAUUUUCGUACCUUUGAUGUGUAUUGUAAUUACUGCACUGCUACCAAUCAACUACCACGGCGGCAGAGACACUAAUGUCUUCCGAUUCCACAAUCAGACGACUGCAUUCAACGUCACCGGAUUAGAUACUUUGUCUUGGCAAAACGUUUCACCGGAGAAGACCCAUCGCUACUGGGGACAUCUGAUCUGUGCUUUAUUAACUAUUUCUUGGAGUCUCUACCGAAUAUAUCGCGAGAAGCUCAAUUUCAUCCACGUUCGACAGCGCUUCCUGACAUCGCCAGAACACAGACUGAAGGCAUCAGCAAAGACCGUCCUGAUCACAAACAUACCGACCAAGUAUCGCAGUAAAGACGCUUUAGAGGCCCUCUACGAUGUCUUUGUGGAUAAUGACGACCAUGAUAAGCUCAGCGUUUGGAUCAAUCGUGACUAUGGCGCUCUGAGGGCUUUAGCAGCCCGCCGUCGAAGUCUGCGCCAUCUUCUAGAGAAAGCCGAGUUGAAGAUUUUACGGCAUGUUAACAAAAGCUCUCAAAAGACCGCUGGUGCAUCCACGCCCCAGAAACCAACGAAUCGCAUGUCGAGUGAGCCUCUAGUCAACGAAAACCAACUUGACGGCCAAUAUAGCCACCUGCAUUUCGAUAAUGAGAACAUCGACGCCGCUUUUGAAAAGGACUGCAGUCAGCAAAUACAACCGCAGCAUGGAUACGUCAACCCCUCUCCCGGCCCAAUGGUAAUCAUCGAGCAAUCAGACAACGGCAUAUGGCAGCCCGCGUCAACGCUCAAAUUCUGGAUCAAAAGAUCACAGAAGAACGUACCAAAGAUUGCCUGGCUGAGAUACGAAAUAGCACGCCUGACUAUCGAAAUCGAAUCCAUGCUUCAGAACCUUGAUGAUGAUACCCUGUUCCCGAAGCAGAACUCGGCAUUCAUCCAAUUCGAUAGGCAAAUGGCUGCGCACAUGUGUUGUGCACUCGUGAGCCACGACAGGGCCGGAUGUAUGGCUCCACGAUAUCUUGAGGCCUCUCCCCAUGAGAUCCUAUGGCCCAAUAUGAAUGUCACCUCCCUGGGGCGAUUCAUUAGAACAUGCAUCGCUCUGGUUCUGUUCGUCGCUAUCUUGUUCCUCUGGGGUAUACCGACCACUCUUCUGGCGUCUGUUUCGCAGCUUGAUAGUCUUAGAGCGUCAGUCAAGUGGCUGAUCUGGCUCAGGCCGUGGCCCUCAUGGGUCAUCAGUUUGAUCUCAGGUCCUUUGGUGUCAAUCCUACUCUUUCUCCUGGUCCAGCUCGUCGUUCCAGCCUUAUGUCGAAAGCUGGCGGUCCUCGUUGGUGCGCCAACUCGCAGUAAACGCGAAACUAUAGCCCAGAACUUCUAUUUCACAUUCUUAUUCAUUGAGCUAGUGCUCGUCACAUCGAUCUCUUCAGGCAUAGCAAACGUCAUUCCAAAGAUUGCCAAUAAUCCUAUCAGCACCCCUCUGCUUCUCGCGACUGACCUCCCGCGAUCAGCAAACUACUUCUUCAAUUAUCUUAUCGUCCAGGCAUUGACCUUCACUGGGAGUCUACUCUUCCAGUAUUUGCGCAUUUUGUAUAUUACGUUGAUCUGGCCCUUGUUCUCGCAGACACCACGAGAGGAAGCUUGGCUUCAAACCACGAUACCACAUCAGAUGUGGGCAAAUCAGUACUCGCUUACAACCAAUUUCGCGGUCAUUGGUUUUAUCUACUGCAUCAUAUCUCCCCUGGUGCUCCUCUUUGUGUCUAUUACAUUCUCACUCUUCUGGAUCGCCUACCGCCACAACUACUAUUUCGUUCAACGGAAUAAGAUCGACACCCACGGUCUCCUCUUCAACAACGCCUUGUCACAGCUCUUCGCCGGGAUCUAUGUCCUCGAAAUAACACUGAUUGGGCUCUUCUUUCUCGUACGGGACACUGACAACCGCGUAGUCUGCUCGGUUCAAGCAAUCAUCAUGAUAGUCGUCUUGAUCAUCACGGCUAUCUUCCACUUCGUAAUGGAACAGCAUCUGAAACCACUUUACGAAUUCAUACCAGUCACCCUCGAGGAUGUAGCAGCCGAUGCCGAGAAAGAUCGCUUUCUUACCCGCAAAGAUGAUGACACCACCAUACCCUCGAUCGACAAUGCCAAGAGCAGCGCCAUCGAACUAUCGACCUUAGAAAAGCCUAACACGACCACCACCCACGGCGACUCCUCAUCUCUCAACCCAAAGCAACCCACAACUCGAAACCGUGACCGCGCGGCCACCAAUGCGUCAACUCUCACCGCCGCCUCCGCGCGCCGUGCCCUCUCAAUCGUAAAGCGCCGCGCCCAAGUCUCCUCAACGUCCUCAUCGGCCUACCAUCACCUCCCCACCCAUUCCACUUCUCUCUCAAGCCACCCGGAUGAACCAUCCCACAAGCGUGAAGCAAAAGACCAGCUCGGGGCAGCGAUCGCUUCAUACCCUGACGCCCUGACAGAUCUAAGCCCCGAGGAGCGCGACGCAAACCUCAAAGCCGCGUUCCAGGAUCCUGUUACCAGGGAGCCGAGACCUGUUAUUUGGAUUCCUGCGGACGAGGCGGGUGUUGCGAGCGAGGUUAUUAGGGGUGUGGAGGCAAUUUAUGGACCCUGCCCCAGCCGAAGCACCAAUCCCAAGCCCAACACUGACCCCGAGCCGACAAAGAAGGAUGAGACAAUUUUGAAAAAGGAGGGUAGGGAUGUUUAUGUAGAUAGAGAUGAAGAGAAGAAGGCUGAGGAGGGGCCGUGGCUAAGGUAUAGUUGCACCGGGGCACGUUUGAGGAAGAACGGGAAGGUACAGAUUACGCAGCCGGCGCCGGAUGUUAGGGCCGAUUGGUGCUUGGAGUGGCAAUUGUAG